AUGCAUUUAAAAUUGUUUAAAUGCGAUCAAUGUACUUCGGAAUUCACGGCAAAACGUAAUUUAACCGCUCACCGAAAAACGCACGAGGGUGUUCGUUUCCCGUGUACUAGAUGUGUCAUCACAUUCAGUAACAAGUCGAACCUCAAAAAACAUUUGAAAAAUAUUCAUGGCGCCGUACAGCAUGGAAAUAUACAGAUCGCGCCGCAUGUAUUCGUCCCCAAUAUUCCAGCAGGGCCAUCACGAAAUACCACGGCAGCAGUGAUACCAACCCGAAAUGUCUGCUCAUCAACCGCGCGGGACUGCCUGACGGAAGCGCCCGCCCAAAACAUAUCAACAGCAGCACAACGAGAUAACAUGAUAUCAUCACAGCGAGAUAACGCGAUAUCAGCAGCGGGAGAUAACGCGGUAUCAACAGCGGGAGAUAACGUGAUGGAGGACUUUUUAAACAACGUAGAUGACGAUGAUGAUUACGCGCAAGUUGCAGAUGUCUUUGAAGAUCUUGGAUUCUGUAAAAAGGAAGAUUCGUACACUACGCUUGAUAAUGGGAAACGUGUUUCCAGCGCAAACACUAAAUCUGCUGUUAGGGCAAAAAAAAUACGCUUGAAUUUCGCGCCGUACAGCAUGGAAAUAUACAGAUCGCGCCGCAUGUAUUCGUCCCCAAUAUUCCAGCAGGGCCGUCACGAAAUACCACGGCAGCAGUGA